GCUGGCCUCAGACUGAGGGAAUCACAGACUGCUCAGGGUCAUAGACAGCUUGUAUCAGAGUGCUACCAACAAGUUCCGCUAAAGGGCAAGGCACUGUCUAUAAGAAGACACAGACUGCGUCAACUGAGGGAGAAAAAACAUUUUAUAUUUCUUUCUUCUCAAGAAACCUAAGAACCAAUAAAAAGCCAAGAUGUGCAAAGGAUUAGCUGCCCUGCCCCACACCUGCCUGGAGAGAGCCAAGGAGAUAAAGACCAAACUUGGGACUCUCCUCCAGAAGCCUGAAUCAGCCAUCGAUUUGAUUAUCCCAUACCCAGAUAAGCCAGAAAAACCACCGAAAGCUUCCAAGCCAUCAGCAGAAGAAGCAGUGCAAUGGCGUGAUUCAUUGGAAAGGCUGCUGCAGAACAGCUAUGGUCUCUCUGUCUUCCAGAGUUUCCUGAAGUCAGAGUUCAGUGAGGAGAACAUUGAGUUCUGGAUGGCCUGUGAGGAUUACAAAAAGGCCAAGUCUCCAUCCAAGAUGACAACCAAGGCCAAAAAAAUCUAUGAAGAGUUCAUCCAAACAGAGGCACCCAGAGAGGUCAAUAUCGACCAUUUCACCAAAGCUGUUACCAUGAAGAACUUGGUUGAACCAUCAUCUACAAGUUUUGAUCUUGCCCAGAAGAAGAUCUUUGCUCUGAUGGAGAAGGAUUCACUGCCCAGAUUUGUGCGCUCUGAAUUCUAUCAGGAGCUAAUAAAGUAGUGGCAUGAUGGAGCUGUGCAGUGGAUCCUCAGCACUCCUUGAGUCCCAGACACUGGUUAGCUGGCAUUUUCCUAAUGCAUCUGCUUUGGCCAAUGUGUGCUUUUUUUGUUUGAUUUUAUAGUUAAAGUGUCCUCCAUAAUGUAAUAAGAAGAAAUAUAUGUAGCCCCACAUAUAUCACGUCUAACCACUUCAGUGAUGUGUACCAGAUGGGAGUCCAUCAGUGCUGAGAUAUUACAUCCCAAACUGUUUUCACCCAAACCUAUCCCAGAGUCAGACAGAUCUUAACUAGGGCAUAUUGAUUUAUUUUAAUGUAUAAUACUUUCAAGAACAUGAAUAGAUUAUCACUCUAGAGAUGAUGAGAUAUUAAGAGAAGCUGAGAAAGUUAAGCGUUGCCCACUAUCUUGUAACAGUGGAGAAUAUAGUUAGUCUUCAGGGAAGGAAACUCCUUACUACAGUAUGUACAACAGCAUUCCGACACAGGACAUGGGAAAAGUCAUCACAAAUGUGCUCACCUGAGGAGACAAAGUAUAUGUUACCAUCCCUAAUUAUUUAACCCUGUCACUAACAAGGUACUGAAUAUGAUCCUGGCAUGCCAGAAUGACCUACACAUGAGAGUUUUAUUCCCAUUGUAUGGGCUUUGUAGUAUGAUUACAUCUGUUGGAAAAGGAAACUGAAAGGAAGCAUGAAUAGAUAUUUGUAAAAAGUCCAGCUCGUUCUGUACUUCCAAAUUAAAUUUGUUUUAAACAUGUAUAAUUGGAAGCAUUGGAAUUUUAUGACUGGUGUGACUUCACAAGAAGACACCAAACACAGAUCUACCUUCUAUAAAAUAACUAAAAACUAACUGGAGCAAAAUAAGAACUACUGCUCUGGUAUUUUGAUGACAAAUUUAGCUUCCAUUGCACUGACUUUAUAGAUCUCCUAGGAUUUAAAGACAGGACAACAACUGCUUUUACAUGCCCUGGUGACCUGCACAGAUUGUCAUUGUAUGUUAUUUAAUGGACUACUUAUCUAAACUGGGUUUAGGGUCUUUUGUAUGGCGCUCUUAGUCACAUGAUAAGUAAAGGGAGGUUAUAUGGCUUGAUUGCAGUCAGAUGUAUGUUCCGGGAAUGGGUUGAAAUGCUUACAGAAAGGUUCGAUAGGACUGAAUAAAGUCAAAAUAGCAGGACAGUAUAUGUGGGAGCUGAAAGCUUGCUGACAAAGGCUUUCCAGAUUUAAAGUGAAAUCAUACCAAGAGGAAUAAUUGAAACAUAUUUAACCUUAUUUAAUAAUAAUCCUUAGCAUCUGCUGCCACUGCCUUCUGUUGCUUUUUAUCUAAACAUCUUUUUGUGUCAGAAAAAAAAUAUUUAUUUCUUUAAAAUGAGAUAUAGGAUAAUAUGGUGGAUCCUAUUACAUUUCAGAUAAGUGAUGUGUGUACACAAUAUGAUAUUACCUCCCCAUCCUAAUCUAAUUGAAUUAAUAAUCUAAUAAUUUGCAUCCAACACAAAAGACUGCCAUGCCGCUUUGUGACUGCAGCAUUAUAUUCUAAUCUGGACAAAAAAGUACCCCAAGAUCAUUCAGAGCACUGUUAUUGACUGAUAGAAACCCCCUACAAUGGUUAUGAGAAAGAUAUUUCUCUUUUGGAUACUCUAUUUAUAACCUCCGCCUCUAAUUCUCAUGUUUGCAUUUGUAAACCCCACUUACCUUUUUAUGAUGUAAGGUUCCAAUUGCUGCUCUAUAUCUUAAGAUAAAAAAUAAAGACAUGGUUUACACACAUUAGUUAGAUGCCAUGAAUACUAAUGGUAAAGAGCACCUUAAGGCUGGUAGAGUAGGACAAACUUAGCAGAGGUGAUCAUUUUUUAAACAUAACAUGAGUCGCUUUACAGCAUAACUAUAGGUGACUGGGCAAAACUUGAAAAAUGCCCCAGCAGCACUCCAAAAUCUUGAAAGUAAAGUGGUUUAUUCGUGCCACAAACCAUGUGACAAAUUGGGCUUCACCAGCUCAAGCUGCUUGAUAAAGGGCUGGUUAAGCCUGAAACUUUGCCCGGUAUGUGGCAUGAAUAAACCACUUUACUUUGACCAUUUUGGAGUACUGCCACAGUAUUAUUCUUAUGUAGAGCCUUACAGAAUACUGUUUUGAAGUUAUCAGUAUCACCUUCGAUCUAUAGCCAGUGUAAAAAAAGCACACCGUUCUUUGUGCAAUAGUAUAAUUUCCAGUUAAACUGGCCAAUGUAACAUCCUUCAAGCAUAAUCUGAUGGGAAUAUAACUUUCAGAUGUAUUCCCUGCUCUAAUCAUGUGUUUAACAUUUAAUGAAACUGCUCCAGAACACCUAGUCCCAAUUCAAAAGAAUCAACUCAAAUAUCACAGCAUCAAGCAAUGAAGAUAAACAAACAUACUGAAGGGAACCUUUCUGUAAGGCAGGCAAAAGGGCUCAGUAAAUUCAAGCAUGUUGUGUUAAAGCAGGCCAGCACAGCAUUCCGUAUGAAAUAGGCUUUCAUCCUCAGACAGAGCACUGUUUUAAUCGUUCUGAAACAAUUCGAAGUUAUAAAAGCUCUGUGUCUUCUUAAUAUUUUAGCCAGAUAGCCCUUGUUGGUGAAAGUUUAAAAUAUUCCUUGUGGUAGGAAGUAGCUAGUGAAAGGGGGCAAACGUUAUUAUAUCUGUUUUUUCUCUGUCUUUGGGGCGAGAGUGAUGAAUAUAGAAAAUAUAUUUAACUAAUGGUGAAAGUAUGAUGCUUCCCAAAUGGCCCAUCAGUCUUUAAAGUACUCUUUGUGGAUUUUUUUAUUUGUGGAAUUGUUUAUGUGACCUAUAGUGGAAAAUCAAGUGAAUUAACUAGAGUGGUUCACCUUGCAAUUUCUUAUUGUAAGCCAAUUUUCUACCCCACUUCUGUUAUCUCUAUACUUUGCAAUACAGGUAUGGGAUCUGUUAUCUGGAAAUGUAUUAUCCAGAAAGCUCCUAAUUAUGGGAAGGCCAUAUACUCCAUUCUAUUCUAUUUAAAAAGUGAUUUCCUUUCUCUCUGUAAUAAUAAAACAGUAGCUUGUACUUGGUCCAAACUAAGAUAUAAUUAAUCAUUAUUGGAAGCAAAACCAGCCUAUUGGGAUUAUUUAAUAUUUAAAUUAUUUGUUUAGUAGACUUAAGGUAUGAAGAUCCAAAUUAAAGAAAUAUCACUCCUGAAAGAACUAGAAAACACUGGCCCCCAAGCAUUCUAGGUAACAGGCCCCAUACCUAUACUAAUCAAACUACAGGGAUAAUUUUGUAAUGGGUGAAAAGUCUGGUUCAAGUAUUCCAUUCCACAUCAACCAAGUGUAACCUUUUAUAAUUCUAACUGCAGUAGACCCAUACAUAUGAAGUGCUGAAUGGUUACUAUGGAUUUCUAAACCUUAAUAGAACUAUGCAUAUUUCCUAGUGGCCACAGCUUGCAUUGAUGCAUGCCCCAAAUUAAGUAAUGCAGUUGCAUAUACUAAUCAUGGUAUCAAUUAAAAGACAGGACUUAGAUUUUGUAACCUGAAACUGAUGGCUACUUCCAGCUAACAAAUAAUUAGAAUAAAAGUACAUAAAUGUUAUUACUACUAUUUUAUCAGCAAAACAACACUGAGUGCACCACUACACUAUUUGGCCAUUGCUUUUGCAUGUGAAGAUUUGUGGGAUCUCUGCACAGCUCAAUGAAAUGUCUGGGAUAUGCAUAAGCCUUUUGUUAUCUUGUUCUUUUGCCCUAUGUAUUUUUCUUGCUUUGCAGCUGUAACGACAGUUUGAUGUCCUGUGUUAAGUGACCAUCAUCCUUAGAGAUUCCUGUCAGGCAUAACUAAUAAGUUCUCCAGAGAUGUCAUUAGGGCUGCAUACUUGUGAAGGACUCCUAGGAAACAAAUGGGUUAAGCUCUGUUUUUGAAGCAGGCAAUAGUAAUAUUGGUAAGCAGGUAAUAUUGUAUAGCACAAAGAGAGAAGAGGAGCCUGGAUUUCCAUUCUUGAAAUUGUAGGGGGUGUAGUUCCUAAAGAUGGCACCAUUCUGUAUGUUGUUUUAUCAUUAAACUGGACUAUGCUAUCCCUGCUCUUUUAAUUUCUUGGUGGUUAUAACCUGUAACUUUUCUAAAUAAAAGUAUGUAAUGCUUUGUUUUAAAA